ACUCUUUUUCCUCACGCAUGGCAGCAGGGUUCGAGUGGAGGGAAAGUUUUACCCCAAAACUGGGUUUUAAGGGACCAUUGGAGUUGCUCUAAAAUCUGAAUGAGUCGAGCAUUGCCAGCUUCUCCGUUUUCGCGUGUCGGAAUAGAAUUUGCUCAAAUUCCGAUUAUGAAAGUUUCAAGUUUCACUGCCCUCCUACUCCGACCAAAUAAUCCACUUUUUGCUAAAUCCAGAGCAUUGCCCCGCGCUUCCUGCCGACGUAUUUCUACUGAGGCCCCGGAAAUGGAUGCAUUCAUGGAAAAGCUCAAGAACUACGAAAAAAUCGGUGUUCCUAAGGGAGCCGGUACCGAUUCCUGCGACGGUUUCGAUUUAGGUAGGAUGCGGCGGCUGUUGCACAAUCUUGGCAAUCCUCAAUCCAAAUUCAAGGCUAUACAUAUUGCUGGUACAAAAGGGAAAGGAUCAACUGCUGCAUUUAUCUCCAGCAUUUUACGCGCCGAGGGGUAUUCUGUUGGUUGCUAUACCAGCCCACAUAUACGUAGUAUUAGAGAGCGCAUAACGCUGGGAACGAGUGGUGAAGCAGUGCCAGGGAAGUCACUGGAUUCACACUUCCACAAAAUAAAGGAUGAGCUUGAUAUCGCAAUUGAACGUGAAAAAGGGCAUCUCAGUCAGUUUGAGGUUUUCACUGCCAUCGCAUUGAGCUUAUUUUCCGAAGAGAGAGUUCAAUUUGCAGUUGUUGAGGCUGGUUUGGGUGGCGCUCGGGAUGCAACCAAUGUAUUUACCAGUUCAGAUCUGGCAGCAGCAAUCAUUACCAAUAUAGGUGAAGAGCAUCUAGCUGCACUAGGGGGAUCUCUGCAGAGUAUUGCUGUGGCUAAAUCAGGAAUAAUUAAAGAAGAACGUCCACUGGUUCUGGGUGGGCCUUUCCUUCCACAUAUUGAGAGUAUAAUUCGUGAGAAGGCAUUGUCUCUAUGUUCACCUGUUGUAUCAGCAUCAGAUCCUGGAAAUAAAAGUGUUCUGAAAGGCUUUUCUGGAGCCCGUCAGGUGCCUCACCAAUUAUGUGAUAUUCUGCUCUUGAUUGAGAGCGACCUUCAUGUGUCAAUUGAGUUGUUUGAUCUACAAUUGCGCCUGCUUGGUUCUCACCAGCUCCAGAACGCUGUAACUGCUACUUGCGCAGCACUUUGUCUUCGUGAACAAGGGUGGAAGUUAUCGGAUACAUCCAUUCGUGCUGGUCUAGAAAGUGCAUAUUUGGUUGGUCGAAGCCAAUUUUUGACAUCUAAGGAAGCUGACAAGCUAGGACUACCAGGAGCAACUAUACUUCUUGAUGGAGCUCAUACCAAAGAAUCUGCUCAGGCAUUGGUGGACAUGGUUAAGAUGGCAUAUUUUGAUGCAAGAUUGGUUGUUGUCGUUGCUAUGGCGAAUGACAAAGAUCAUACUGGAUUUGCUAGGGCUCUACUUUCACGUGGAUGUUUGGAAGCUGUAUGCUUUACUGAAGUUGAUAUUGCUGGAGAUAGAUCGCGCACAACUUCAUCAUCCUUGUUAAAAUGUUCUUGGAUCAAAGCUUGUAGCGAGAUGGAUGUUGGUUUUCUUGACUGCGGAACUGCUAAUUACGAGUUGAUUGAAGAUCAGUUUCCUGAAUCUUCCAGAAAUAUGGGAUCUGAAUCCAUCCUGUUUGUGGAGGGGUCAUUAGUGGAUUCAAUUAGAUUUGGACAUGAGGUCCUUGGUGCAAAAUCUGCCUCUGGAAGUGGGAUAAUUAUAGUCACUGGAUCUUUGCAUAUUGUUUCAGCAGUUUUAGGUUGUCUCGAAACAUGAGUCUUGUCUGUAUGUUAAUAAAUUUUUCUACAAAGGAAAAUAAUUUUGUGGGUGCUAACCAUGUUCUUAAAGAAACGGCUUUAGAUUUUGUUAUCGAA